AUGGCAGAAGGAACCGCACCAGCUGCUGAAGUCCCGGUCUCUGACAAGGCGUUGCGAGAUGUGGCCAAGAAUGUGGCGAAAAUCUUGCCUAAUUUCGCGGAGAAAGAGCCUGCAACUGCUCUGAAAGAGCUUCGUGUUAUUCUCGAUCCUGCUUUGGAAACUGCAGACCUCCCAGAACUAGAGAACAGCCAUCGAGCAGCCGCAUCCAAUGCCUUGUGCGCAAUCAUUGAGUACUGCGCGGCUUCCGACUGCGCCUAUGCACGGGAGGCGAUCCUAGAUGAUUCCAUAUGGAUGCGAGUAUUCAACAUAUAUCUUCAGCGGUCUGGAGAUGCAAAGGGCAAGUCGAUGAGGCAGAUGCUCUUGGUCCUUACGGGUGUCAUUACUAAAGAUCAGAGUGCGCGUGCAAUCGAACUUCGGACACGAGCUACGACCUCAUUCCUGGACAUUAUCUGUGAGCGAGAAGACCGCAUCAAAGUUAAACCAGCUUUGCAAGGCCUUGCGCAUUUCCUGCUGCGGGAUGUGAUUUCCAUCACGGAUUUGGUCAGUCUGUUCGACGAGCAGCUGAAGCGAACAUCAGAUGCCAUCCAGGGGCCGGUAACUUCGCGAACAGUGUUCACAUCCUUCCUUGCCUGGGUCGUGCAUCAUGAUACUUCCCUUUCAGCGGGACACUUGAUUAAGAACUACUUACUACAGGCUCGCCGUCUCGCAAACUACGACGAACACCCCGACGAUGGCUUAGUCUUACCUCCCUGGAUAGAGCCGGUGAUGCAGACGUUGCGCGACUGGCCAGACCGGAUCCAGGAGUUUAAGACUCACGUCUUCCCUCACUGUUUUCUACCCAAUCUCUCUGAGUACCUAAGGUUCCUCGCAUAUCUCAAUUUCGAGUCCCAUGUUCCGUAUAAGCAUGCGUUACCCAACCAGCUUCGCCAGUCCGGCAGGCGCACAUCACCUCUUGGUGGACUAGAAGAGUUCAGAAUACUCCUAGCAGCGAUCGCAACCGGAAAGGAACUCAACAUCGUAAAGGAUAAUGAUCAUAGAGCUCAAAGCACCAUCCAAAUCCGUGACGGGGCGCUCUAUUUGCCGGACGAUAUAUCAGGAGCCUGGAUGGCGGACUCGGAACCAGAAGUCAGGCUUGCAGGCAUGUUCCUGGGCGUGUAUUCUACUUCUGUCACGAAAGCUAUGAGUGGCGGUAUUUUGCAGGCCUUGAAGCGCAACCUCCCCCAUCUUCAUACCGACACGGAUGCAAAUUUCCGCCGGGAGGUGCAUGGUUAUACACAAAAGCUAUUUGAUCGUCUGAGAGCUAGUACAGCUACUCUAGCAAAACCCAUCACGAAGGUUACUUCUUCAGACCAGAGACGCCUCCCUUUCCCAGCGACAAGCUCUAGCCCACAUGUUUCAAUUGCGCGGGUUCCGCGACAAGAUUCGCUUUCUGAGUCCCUAGCUUUCAUCACCUGGUAUGUGCAGUUCCUUGAGUGGGAGCUGCGCCCAACUGCCUCUUACCAGAGCCGCAUCACCGCACUACGGUCCAUCACCAUCGUAUUACGAUCUGGGAUAGAUCCUGGGGUACCGUUUACCAGUCUCUCAAAGUCUGCGCAAGGUCAGCUAAACUGGGCUCACGGUCUCCAGUUCGGAAACCAGAAGCUGUGCCGAAUACUGCUCGAUUUAAUACUGGAUCCUUUUGACGAUGUUCGAGACGCGGCUGUAUCGGUCUUGCAGCUAUGUCUAGUUGCGCUUCCGCAAACCGAUAAGGAACGCAUCAUGUCAAUGAUUCCCCGAUUCGUUACGAGAGCGGAGGCUACCAUGCUCCGAACAGGGCGAGCGGAUCAAGCGGACGGUGUUGCGCGUGCUUACGGGAUGAUCUUUGCGUUGGCUGGCGAUGAUCCAGGUGCCCCCACUGGCGAACACUUCUCUUCCAAGCAGCACCUCUUCGAAUAUCUGAGAACACAACUCGACGAAACGUUGACUCUGGCCCGCAGCGAUCUUCCACGAGCCGUCGAUGGUCGACCGGUACACGGUACAUUUGCUGCAUUACGAUAUGUGACCGAUCAACCCGAUUUUUACGCGUUCGUCUCGAGCUCGCCAUCUGAUCAGUUUGCGCACUGGAAAAAAGCGCAUGGGGACAUCGUAACAGGCAUAGAGAGUCUGUGGUCCUGCGUCUAUCACGUUCUGUGUGCGGAUGCACCGGAAGGCCAUGUUCCUGACGAAGUAGAAGAUGAGGGUAGCUUAGACACUAAAGAGAUUCUGAGUUACUCAUGGAGAGGACUGAAGGAGGCUAGUGUGCUUUUACGAACGAUCAUCCUCAAAGCUCCUGUAGGUGACGGUGACAACGACCUUGUGACUCCAGAACUCUUCGAAAAGCUUGGCAGACUCUGCUUCACUCAGCUACUGGAGCUUCGUCAUCGCGGUGCGUUUUCGACAGUCUCUCAGACAUUUGCAGUCUUCUGUCGCCGCUGUGUCUUGUCGGACAUAUCCACAUUACGUGCUUUACCAGAGAUGUGGUAUCAGGAAACGCUACGAUCCAUCCAAGCAAAGUCAGACGCCAUCACUCGGAGGUCGGCGGGCAUACCAGCAGCCAUGUCCGCUCUACUGGCAGCUGAGCCACAAACAGGAGGCAAACUCUUCCCUCGAGCUGUCAAAGAUCUUGUCGCCGAAACUCUCGUGGAGGCGCAAAGCACAAAUAUAGAAGAAAGCCGUCUUCCUCAGGUGCAUGCUCUGAACUGCAUCAAGGAAAUAUUCACGACCUCGAAGCUGAGUAUUGCAUCGGAGACGUACAUCGGGCAGGGUCUCGAGCUUGCUGCUAAAACUCUAAGCUCGUCCAUAUGGCCCCUUCGCAAUUGCAGCUUGAUGCUGUUCAAAGCUCUGAUCGAACGACUACUCGGCAGCGACGAAGCUCAAGACUGGAAAGAACGAGAGCGAGCCAAAACGUCUCGGUUCUCCUACGACAACUAUCCCAGUCUCGUGAAGAUCCUGGUUGAACUGCUUGAGCCAAGCGGCGAUCUCAAAAUCAUGGAGACACCCGAGAGUGGCAGUUCGCCAAUGGAUCUCCAUGGUGCUGAAGGCGUGUUUCCCGCUCUCCAGAUCUUGCGUCAGGCCCGACCGCCGGGAGAUCUUACCAAGAUCCGCGGCUUGGUAAGGGACUUACUACCGAGCCCGCAUUGGCAUAUGCGAGAUAUGGCGGCCAGAACAUAUGUAUCACUGGGCACUACUAACGAGAGCUACCCUGAACUCUCUCCAAUUCUAGAUACGGUUACCAGCGAUCACAAUGAACAGCAUGGAAGGCUAUUGGUAGUCAAGUAUCUGCUGAGGAAGCUGUUGCGAGACGAAGUCCAAUGCAAUUUUAAACACUUCUCAUCGUUGAUGCAGCAGCUCGGCCAACACGCAACGAGUUGGUACAUUUCGAGUGAUUGCCCUUUUGUACGAGCCGCCUUCCUCGAUGUUGUGAGCCUAUGCGGCAUGGCCAUGCUGCAAAGAGCGACCGCUGUCACAAUACUUAGUGCGUGGAUUGACCUCACUACGUCCAUAGCCAUUGGACCGGAGUACAAUAUCGGACCAAGUGAUCACCACGGUGAUGAUCUACUCAGGACAUCCCUCGCACAGGUAUACUUCGUUGACCGGAUCAUUCUGCGUGAAAAUUCGCUUCACAGCAUGGUCUCGGACGAUUAUCAAAACAUUGGCGAUGCGCUCAUGCUUCUCGCAAACGAGGAUCCGGAUACCUGCAUGGAAGCUCUGGAAGCUCUGGACUCCAUAUUACAGAUGAAGACAUCCAACGGCCUAACCAUUCCAUUGUCGCUAGUCCUAGCGCAUAUCCAUCGUGUAGUCCUGGAGGCCUGCGACCCAGAAGUUAUCUCGAAAGCGCAAGCCGUUCUCGCCGACGCUCUUACCAAGGACCAUUUGAAAAGCGACUUCUUCAGCCUGACGAUGCAAGAUCAAGUCAUGCUCACCUUGACAAGGUUGGAAACACAGUGCGUUCAUGGCCCACCAUCAAAUAUGCAAAGCGCCCUGCAUCUUCUAGGCUCAUUCCUCGACCAUGCUUACACCAGCUACUCACUCCACCGUGAAGAGGUUCUCGCCCGUAUCGCACGCUACAUUCGCCUGCUACGCAUGACAACCAUCGAUACCAACCCCUUCGACACUCGCUACGCAGCCAUACAAUCCCUGUCCGCGCUCAACUCUAUUUUCUCCCUGGCCCCCAAAGGAAAAACAGGACCUCUGAUCCUUGGGCUAGCCAUCGUUCUCUACGACCUCCUCAACGACGAUGACGACGAAAUACGCGAUCUAGCUGCCUCCACAGCAGGCAUUCUCCUACGCUCACAGGGCGACCGACUGUUCAAAAACACGGUACCGAUACUGACUACGCACCGGCUGGGGGCGUACCUGGUAUCUGCAUUUUCCACAUCACGAUUCCUCGCCAAGGAAGCAAUACGCCGUCUAACCAACACGCCCUCACCCCAUCGUCUCUUCUCCACGCCAUUCGCCAACACUUUUGCACGGGAGAGGAAGGAAGACACGUCGCUUUUUGCGCAGGAGAAGCAGAAUUUGUACAAAGACGACACAUUGGACACUAUGCUGUGGUCGCGCAUUCUCCUCUCCCUGUCUGCCUCUGCUGUGCCGCUGAGCCUGCGCACCGAUCUGACCAACUGGGUACUCGAUGGUCUCACCACGCUCACACAAACAGCCGAGGGAGAAGGUGACGGCGCGCUGGGCUGGAGUACCAAAGCUGAGGUGUUUACGCUCGGUAUACGCAUCUUCUGUGCGAGUGAAGUGGUGAUGAGGUGGGGUGGUCAGGAAAGGGUAGAGGUAGUGAAGAGGGCGAGAGGGUUUGCUGAUGUGGGUAGUGAGAGAGGCGUUCAUGGCCUGUGGAUUGAGAGGGUCGAGAGGGUCUUGAACAAGGAAGUGGUGCGCAUGCUACGCAGGGUCAAGGGAGGACUGUUGGAGAUUGCAGGGUGA